GACGCCGACGGCAGCGCCGACAGCCGCAGCCUCGCCAGCAGCUGCCGACUACACAACCAGGAGGGACGACAGCGAUUCCAAGGCAGGUGGAGGCGGUGCGGCCAUGACGGCUGGAUCGCCAGAGUGGCGCCGCGGGGCGGUGUGGAGCGGCGCCCAGCUGGGCAUCUACCGUGACCUGGGAGACGAGGAGGGCGGCGCCACCAGCAGAGGCCGCCGCGACGCCUGGCGCCUGCGCUGCUGCCUCGCCACCGCCGGCGUCGCGCUCGCCGCUCUGCUAGUGAGCAUCGCCCUGGUGGACGUGGCGGGCAGCAGGACCCUGGUGCACGUGCAGAGGCACGACUCCCAGGCCGGGGGAAGCCCCGCACGCAGGACGCAGGGAGCGCCUGCCACAGCGGUCGGCGCCCGGCCAACGGGUGGGGCGCCAGGCGUCGGGGGCCGAAUCCCAGCUGACAUCCCAGCCGUGACGUCAACGACGACGUCGACGACUACAUCGACAACGUCAACUCCCGCGGCCGACAUACCAGUAGAGCGCAGUGACGCCGUGCUGCUUCGCAGGUCGUCUCACCAGAGGCCUAAGCACGCACUCAGCAGGUUCCGUGAUGGUCGCAGUAACGAAUUUCCUUGCUCUGGAGACUGCGGCGAGGCAAGGCAGUUUCUGAACCCACCACAGCAGUCACAUCAGGAGUACAGCACAAAUUACAAGAGCAAACAUCGCACAGGCUUCCACCGCCAAGAUGUGAGGUUUCCCGAGAGCGCCAGUGAUGGAGACGCUCUUCAGUACGCGCAGCUAGCGGGCUACAAGUUUUCCGGAGGGCCAAACAGCAUCCAGGACGUCAUCCGCUACCUCACGGAGGACCAACUGGCCGCUCGUCCGCAACACCCAAAGCAGCAGAAUCGCGGCCGUCACCGGCAGCACGUGAGGUUCCCAGCGGGCGACUCGUCGCGCCCCAAAACGGUCAGAUUCUCCGGCGUGUACAGCAUGCCGCGACCCGCCGGGGAACGCUACGAGAUGACCUUCCCUGGAAACGAACCGGAGACCGGCAGCAGCAAUGGCCGGCUCACAGUCACCCUGCCACCGCCGCCACUCAACGGACACGCUUACGUGGCGGACCCCUUUGUCAACUUCAGACCAGAGGAUCCCUCACAGAUCAACCUGCUGGCUAACAGUGGCCUGCGGUUCGCGCUGCCGGCACGUUCGCUGGAGAAGAUCAGCCAGUUCCAGUUCCCGACGCCCCCGCCACCCUCGCCAGGCCGUCAGCCCACUCAGACGCAGCUGUACACCGAGGUCGUUUACCACCCCUUGGGACAGACACCUGCUCCACACAGCCAGCAGCUGCACAACGUCAGGGGAGCGACGCGGCCCUUCAGCGUCAUGCUGGACGUCUACCCUCUCACCGCGGAGGGGCAGAUGCAGUACCGACCGCCACCUCCUCGACCACGACCAGCAGGGGCGUCUUCCCACAUGGUCGUGCACCUCAACCUCUACCCCAGGAACAACGCUGGUGGCGGACGUCACGACCCACACGACAGGAGUGACGAAUUCGACUAUGCCGAAGCUGAAACGACACAAGAGGACGCCGAUUCAUGGAAACAAAAUGUAGCUGGUGGCAACACCGCAGAGAUGUUUGCAUCAUCCCCGGUCGUUUUCUGCAACAAGACAAUGGACGUCUUCCUCAGGGUGAAAGAUGUCGAUAAAUCACCAGAAAGCAAGCUCAAAGGAAAUGAAAAUGACAGAAAGGAGGGCACAGACAGGCGGCAGGGUCCCAGUUCUGAAGACUCAUUGCCGCUGGAUCCCAGAGAGGCCUCCAGUGAGAUAUCUGGAGACCAACAGAGCAAUGAUCACGAAACACACAGGGACGAAGGGCUGUACGCCGGCACUGGACAAGACUCAUCGCUCGAGGAUGAAGAGGGCGGCUCACCUACCAACGGCCACCAGUUGCACGUUGGGUCCGAUGCCAGUGAGAGUUCCGGAGACUACGAUAUGGCACUAGACGAUGGUCCACCCAGGGCUGACGACUACGUGUCAGCCGUCGGGUACUUCGGCGCUUUGGAAUCGAGCUUUGAGACACGGAGCGGCGACGAUUUGCGCGAGGAAAGCGAACGGGACAGGUCCGCCGAAACACUGACAGGUCCACAUACCGCAAACAGGUAGACCACUCACCAAGAAUUCAGGAGCUCCAGUUCCCCAAGAAAACCAGCCUCUAGGGAAACCUAUGUUGCCAAUCGAUUCUUUGA